AUGUCUCUAAAUCUCAACCGUGUUCAUGGCGCGUCCUCGGCAAGUGCGACGUCCAAGUCAGGAGCGGCGCUAGUACCGAGGACUACACUGUUUGAUCAUGCUAUCCUCCCCGUCCCUUCCAACAUGCCAAACGUCAACCAGCUCUGUGAGUUUGUGGCUCUGAACAAUGGCGCGCGAGCGGGGAUGGCUCAAGAAACCUCUAUCUCACUGACGAGCUGGCACAAGUAUGCCAAGGAGAGCUUCAAAAUGGAUACAGGGUAUGCGCAGCUGGUGUUUGACAUCUUCUUUGAUAGUAUGUGCGAGGGAAAUGCGUCAGAUGCUUCCACGGUCUCUCCCGCCCCCUUCGCCCUGUUCUUGUAUGUGCUUGCAGUCUACAAGGAUGAAUCUUUGAUCGGGGGGACACCGAGGGCGUUGCGAGCGGACAUUGCAUAUCCUCAGCUGACAGCAUCGGAUUCUCUUUCCCCUCGCUCUUCGCAGCAGCUCUCCCCUAGAACAGUGGUCUCUGGCAGCAAGGCGUCUGAGUUGGAGAAGAAGCAGAUCAGCUUCAUCCAGAAGAACGUCAAGGAGCUGUUGCAUAUCGUGUCAGGCUCUGCAUCUUCAACGCAUGUCCAUCCCUCGCAGUUUGAUGCUAUGGGGGCGAUCCUGAUGGCGCCAUAUGGAGUGCCUCAAAGCAAUCUCAGUUCUCUCGUGCCCUUCUGGAAGGGAAAGCAGGAGCUGGUCAGCGUCUCCGAUCUUUGCUCAUGGAUCUCCGAGUCGCUGCCAGUGCAGGAGCAGCCUUCUCCUGCACGGUUUCACUCUUCCGCUUCCUCUCCCACCAAGGUCCAUGGCGAGAGCUCUGUCAUCGAGACGGCAGCAGCAGAACGUUCGGGAGGCUUCAUGCUCCACAACAUAUCGCGAUCGACAAUCAUCCGCUCUUCCCAGGAGCUUGUUCCCAACGCUCCAUCGCAAGAGCAAGCAUGGCAGACCUCUCAGCAGAAAUGGAUGAAGAUUCAGAACUGUUAUGACUCUUUCAUCUACAUCACGGCUCCCUUGCAUCAUGUUGUCAUCACUGGCUGCGUCAACUGCACGAUCUUGAUCGCUGCUGCUAAUUUGGUGACCAUGGACAACUGCGAGAGAUCAAAGUUCAUCUUUGGGUGCCGAAGGCUGCACGUGGCGAACUCUAUUGAUACAACUCUACACAUCUUGACGAACAGACAGCCCAUUCUUCUCGGCGAGAACCACGACCUGAUAGUGGCUCCUUUCAACGCCCUCCUUGCUGACUGUCUUGCCAUGUGGAGGUUUCUUCAGAUCGAUCGAUCCAAAAACCGCUGGGCGGAGGCGUUGUGGAUCUCUCGGAACGCGAGUGGGAUCGUCUUGACUGGAGGAGCCAUUCCUGGAUUCUCGCAGAUGCCCCCUCAAAACUUUUUUUGCGUCACCGUGCCGUCCAACCAGCCCCAGCCUUCCUCCAUCGUCGCCUCGCAGGCCAACCCCUGCCCUCUGCCUCCUAACUACGCGACUGCCCUCCAGCAGAAGCACAAACAGGUGCUGGACUUGCGCAAGGAGAUCGCCGACACUGAGGCGGGCGCCGGCAGCACGAAGCAGGCGCUACAGAAGGCAAUACAGGCCAAGUUCAAGGAAUGGCUCGUGAGCACGGGAAACAUGCGGCAGGUGCAGGACCUUGUACAUAUGGAACAUCCGUACUCGAGACCAGAAGAUGCAAAGUCGUGA